CUUUGCGGAAACCUCACCUACCUCCAUUCUUCCGCUAACUUUCCUCUCUUCCUUGGCACUUCGAUCCCGAGAGAGAGAGUCAUUUCCGCACAUCCAUGUCUUCAUCCAUCAGAUCCUUCCGAUCUCCGAUGCUAGACUUCUCCGCCGCACUUCGCUCGUCCGGCCCAUUGGUCGUCGCCGGAGUCGGCUGCUUCACUUUCGCCGGCGUCUCUCUCUGGCGGAGGAGUUUGACCUUUCCGCCUUUCGCUUCCCUGAGCGUCUCCGCCGCUGCUGACAUGAAAGGUAUUGCAGGUAAGAAAGAAGCAGUUGUCACAGAGAAAGCUCCAGCGGCUUUGGGACCAUACUCUCAGGCCAUCAAAGCCAAUAAUCUUGUUUUCGUGUCGGGUGUUCUUGGACUCAUACCCGAGACUGGCAAGUUUGUCUCGGACGACGUGGAAGCUCAGACUGAGCAGGUACUCAAGAACAUGGGGGAGAUACUGAAGGCUAGUGGCGCUGACUACUCUUCUGUGGUCAAGACAACAAUCAUGCUGGCAGACUUGAAAGACUUCAAGAAAGUGAACGAGAUUUAUGCCAAAUACUUCCCGUCUCCUUCUCCAGCCCGAUCAACGUAUCAGGUCGCAGCUUUGCCUCUAGACGCCAAGAUCGAGAUCGAAUGUAUUGCAGCACUCUAGAGCAAAUCUGAUUCAGAGGCAGGUCUUCGGAAGAUGUGAAAACCCAUUUGUUAGAGAUGGUAAAACCAGACUUUGUACCCUCAUCUCUAAUCCUUGAAAUGCAGAAAUAAUAAUGUUUUGGAUUUGUAUAUUAACCAUUAAGUUGGUUAAAAAGUAAAGACCAAAAAGGGGAAUUCAGUCAAAUGAAUGGCUUGUUGGUUGAA